GACGUGUUCAUUAACAUUUGGAACCACACAGAUUAGGAGUUCGACAAGCGACAUCUCUGCGGUAUCGAGGCUUACAUGAGGGAGCACGAUAUCCCUGAUAGACGUGCUACGGACGUCCAGCGAGGCAGUGGCAGGGGGAGGACGGGUGCGUCGCAGUCGCAACCACAGGAGCACGAUCCUGUGGACGAGAUACAGGAGUUCCAGGAUGAGCAGGCCAGGCGAGCACCGGACUUGGCAGGGGAGGAGGUGGUCAUGACUGCGCGAGGGAGCAGUGCUGCUCACCAUCACGAGGGGGACGCACCGGGCCCAGCGGGGAAGAGGGCGGUCGGCAGUGGACUUGAGGGUGUGGCGCAGGAGCACAAGAGACAGCGGCAGUCCACUCUGGAUGAGGUGUACGAUCUAGAUGGGCAGGUCGCAUUCAGGGACACCUUUUUGCAGUGGGCCUACGAUAGUGGUAUACCCUUUGCUGCUUUCAGGAGGCAGUCAUGGUAUAGGCACAAGAAGGCGUUGGCCGCCAUGUCUCGCGGAGUGUGGCCUGUCUAUCCGUCCUUCAAGGACAUUGGGGGCGGCGGUAUCGAUGAUCAGCGGGGGAAGGUUGCCGUGAUGCUGAGGGAGGUCCGUGGUUCGUUCGAGUCGGUGGGGGCCACCAUUUUAUCGGACGCUAGGCAAUCGCGAGAUGCGAGGCCUAUCGUCAACUUCCUUGCGGCCGCCAAGCGCGGCGCCUUGUUGUACGCCACCGUCCAGCGAGACGGUUCAGUGGCCGAGACGACACGGAUCGUCCUCAGGAGAUGGAAGGCCAUUUUUCAGUCUUUCGCUCCGAAGGACGUAUUGGCCAUUUGCACGGACUCUGCGUCGAACUAUAUGUCCGCCGCAAAGCUCCUUGCAAAGGACCCCGAUCCAGAGAUCCGCCGUAUCACUUGGCUCCCCUGUGCCACCCACGUGGCCAACUUGAUGAUUUCAGACAUCGGCACAAGGGUUCCUUGGGUUACGGAGACCAUUAUCAGAGCUCGAGCGUUGGUGCGAUUCAUUAAAUCGCACAGCGCGGCUUAUCACCUUUCAAGGGUGAAGAGUCGUCGCCGAAUGUUUGUGCACCCUGUGGAGACGAGAUUCGCGUCCGUUUUUUUUAUGUUUGUGUGUUUGCUCGCCAGGCGUAACGCUUUGGAGAGCAUGCUUCAUGACGACGAGUGGGACAAGAUCCCAUGGGAUUCGUCGAAGCGUAGACAGGCUCUCUGGGUUCGGCAGGUCAUCCGGUGCGCCGAUUUCUGGCCCAACGUCCAACAUGCCAUCUCUGUCAUGACCCCUGUCUACCAGCUGUUGAGGAGAUUGGACAGGGGCGGCAUGAUCAUGUCCAUGAUUUACUCGUGGUCGGAGGAGUUGGUGCGACAGGUGGCUGUUGUUGACGUCCUUGAUGACAUGCGGUGGCCGUGCGUGGAGGCGGUGCAGAUCCGCACCAUGCAUAUGCUUGAGCCGGCGCACGAUGCGGCACACUUGUUCAACCCCCGCAGGCGCUCCCUCCGUUACUACGAGUCUGCCCGCAGGACAGCUGCGGACCUCGAGGUCGUUACCGAGUGCGACUCGUUUUUCUUGACGCAGACAGGCGGUGAUUCGACGGGGGAUGCAUACUUGCGGGUGCAUGAGCAGAUGCGAUCCUUCCACGCCAACGUCGGCCACAUGACGGACAUGUUGACGAGGGACGCCAAGGUAGAGGCCUAUGCAGGGGACGAGGAGACGAGCAGGUGCGCGUCAUGGUGGGUGGAGCACGGCGCAUGCUUCCCGGACUUGCAGGAGAUCGCUCGUCGUGUGAUGCACAUGUGGACGUCCGCCUCUCCUGCUGAGAGGAAUUGGGCAGAGCAUGAGCGCAUCCACACGGCCAAGCGCAACAAGCUCAAGUUCAGGAAGUUCGCGCAGUUAGUUGAGAUUGCUACCAAUCUCAAACUUCUUGGAUGCAGCGACCUCAGCGGGGGAGCUCCGUCCGCCACCGAGGGUCUUAGGAGAUCACUGCGGUUGCAGAUGCAGGUCGACUCGUCCACGGGCGUCAGACGCGAGGUGUCCGGCCACCUGGAUGACAUUACAGCCGAUGAGCAUAUGUCGAGCCAGCACACACCCGCCUCGGCACCUCCAGGGGACAGGGAGCAGACAGACCUACGCACGAGUGACUUUCCUGGACUCGGACACGGACUUUCUGACACCGGUUUUCCAGGAUGGGGCCACAGGGGAGAGAGAGUGGGGGAUGACGUCGAGUAUCGUCCUACGGAGGCUGGUGUACCGAAGUCGACAGAGGAGCUCCAUGCCCUCUUGGAUCGAGAGGAGGAGCAACGGUUGGAGGUGUUGCAGAGAGACUGGGCGGGUAUAGUCGUGUACAUGGCGGAGCAGCAGCGUGUUCGGGAUUUGGAAAUCGGUGCUGCAGUACCUGAUCCGGGCGGGGUGGAGCAUCGCGAUCCAUUCGCACCUGACCUUGCACAGACUGAGGGGCACGGUGAUCCGACCGUGCCAGAGCAUGGAGAUCCUGCCGUGUCCAACGUCGUACUUGGAUUUCGUGCGGCAGACACGUUGCAGCCCGAUGAUGUACGGACUGAGGAGGCAGUUUGUAUGGAGGGUAAUUCUGACGAGCAUGGGGACGGAGGGUGUGGACCCGGUGUGGAGGCCAAUGAUGGGGCGGAUACUGUGGGGCGACUUUCACCGUCCCCUAGUGCCGGUCCAGGAAUGGAGGAUCCGAUUAGGAGGGGAGCUGCAGGAUCUCUUGGGGUCGGGGUUCGAUCGCCUCCGUUAUACACACUUGUGACCCCGCGGUAUUCUGGCUCUCCGGCGAGCUUGGAGCGCGAGCAACAUCAUUCGGAGUCCAUCAUCGCAGCGGGUCGGGGUGCACACAGGGCUGGCACCAAGUCACUCACACCUCCUCCACCGACCGUGCCCCACAACACUCCGACACCAGUCACGGGUAGAGCUGCUGGUAGAGGUCACAUGCCGACGUCGUCGUCACCUCGCCUCGACACACAGCAGUCAUUUCACCGUCCGUGGAGCACAGUGCGACGAGUUGACGACAAAGUGAGGGGUGAUUUCGCGGCGCACCAGACGCGGUUGAGGGAGGACUUGGAGGAGCACAGGCCGAUACCGAGUUUGACGAAUGCUUAUUGCAUUCUCGAUCAGCCUGGACACGGCACUCGCAGGGUUAUGCUUUUAGGUUCACGGAGGGAUGCACCUGCGUUUUACACUUUUGGAGAGGACGGAGUGUCGGCGCCUCAUGGAGAGCGACAUCACAGCAGCAUUAACGAGUUGGAGGCUCGUAUUGCUAGGGAGGAGGCGAGAUUGAGGGAGUCGCACGAGAAGCUUGACAGGGAGCGCAGGAGGAUGGCAGCGGCGCGCACUUCGGAUGCUGAUACGGAGGAGGAGCCCAUCGAGGUUGCUAGGCGCAGGGAGAGAGAGAGAGAGAGAGAGAGAUUGGUCGCGGCACAGGCACACAUGGCAUCGCCGACACGUGGACGAGGCGGCAGAGGCGACAAAGCGGUGGAGGCGGCAGAGGCGACAGAGGCGGUAAAGGCGGGGGGCGUGAUUGCAUAAUGUCACGGUGUACAUAAUAAAAGUGAUCGAAGCAG